AGUGGACACAGCCAGUCAUGGGGCGUCCGUGGGAGAGGACAGUGGACACGGCCAGUCACGGGGCAUCCGUGGCACCGGGAAGCGUGGCUGUGCUCCCGGCUGCUUCGGGAGUUUCCUGGCUCCGGUGGGCUCACCUGCCCCCGCUGGUCCCUCCUGUCCUCCUGCUGUCCCGUGUCCCUCACGCAGUUGCCCGGCUCCUCUCUGAGGGCCACCAGGCCUGUCCCCACAUUGGUGCUGGCCGGGACGUCCCGGCGUCUCUGCCACACGCCUGUCCCUGUGGGUGUGGGUGCGGGCGUGAGACACACUGGGGGGACCGGGGGUGGGCGGCUCACCCCGGUGGCGCGGGCAGUCCCGGGUGGAGACCAGCACCCCUGCUCGGGGACAGAGGGUCUCCCCGCACAGUCCCUCUGUGUGGCUCCAUCCCAUCUCCAGCAGGUGUGCCUGCAGAUGCCGUCAGCCCCUGCGGACAACGGAUUUCCUCGUCCGUAAUUGACACAAGUGCUUUAAACCCAGGAAUUCCCUGUGGAAAAGCAGCAGGAAGACGGGCCCCGGGACGGUCCUGUGGCAGGUUCGUCAUCGCGCCUGGUCCCCUGAGGCUCCCACGGGAACGCCGCGCUCGCCUCUGCCGGCACGUUCGACCCCGAGCGCUCACAGGCUGCGGGACACGGGGCCCCGGACGUGACCCCAGGCCCACGCUGACACGGGAACCCGGGAGACAUCCCCGCCGGGCGACACACCUGGCACAGCCCGUGCCCAGCCGUGGAGCCAGCGGAGAUGCCCUCGUUCGGGAAGGUGACAGAGGAGGACACGCCACCCUGGGGCGACCUUUAUCUCUGUGGGGAGGAAAGGACUCACGUCUCAGCACGGUGGGUCCUGACGCUGUUCACGGACGGCAGCUGGGCCGCGUGUGUCGCGUGUCCGUGUCAGCCGUCCCGGCCGGAUCCUGUGCACACCGGGCACAUCCCCGGGAGGGGCUGUCGUCUUUUUUUAUUAUUAUUAUUUUGAACAGCAUGCUAGCAGGGGCUGUCGUCUCCCACGCGGCUGCGGACGCCUGGGCCCCACCGCUGCGACGCAGCCCUGUCUUCACCCUCCCCGGGUGUGUGGCCUCCGUAAAGUCACUUAACCGCUCCGGCGCGGCGCUCACCGGCCGAGACACCUCGCCCACAGCCGGCGCUCACGGUCCGCACGGCGGUCUGUGCCGCGCAUGGACGGCGCGUCCGCGCUGCUCUCCCGUGUGCCGAGGGAAGCAUGACAGCACCAAGAGCUCGUUUCACCUCACAGGCAGCUUUACUCGUCACGUAAAUAUCAGAAUAGGGAAACAUACGCAUAUAUGUUUUCAUGACGUUAUUUUUAAAUGUUCACAGUUUUAUUUUGAUAAAUGA